AUGUCUGAUAGACAGACCUCAACCUUUCGCACCCUGGCUUCUCACAACACGACCAAGCAGGCUAGCUGGUCGCCCGGAUACUAUUACGAUGAUCGCCAUUUGCUCGAACAGCUGCAAGCCUGCUCGAGCUUGCUGAGUACCGUUGCACAGCGCAUGAGUGAGAAGAACGUGAUCAUCCACAAUCUCCAGGAAAACUCCAACCGAGAACGCAACGCAAUGUUGUACGAGAUCUCGACACUGAAAUGGCAACUUGCCGUCGAGAAACAGAACAUGAAGAUUGCGGCGCAGAAGCGAGAAAUCAGUCAUGGCGCGGAAGAGGAGGAAGCGUGUCGAGAUGGUGGAGCUGAGACCACCAAGCCCGAAGUGGAGCCCGAGCAGGCCGAGGAAUGGAGAUUGGAGUCGCUCGAGGCAGAGCGCCACAAGCUCGCUCUAUUUCUGACGAACGAUAUGGCAGAGGCAGCCGGUCUUGUUGUUGGUGUCGUCGCCCUUGCUGGCCUCUUCAACAACACAGUCGAGUGCUUCGAGUUCGUCCAGCUCGGCCGCACAUUUGGAAAAGACUUCCAGACAAGUCAGCUCAAGCUCGACAGCGCAAGACUCCGCCUGUCGCGGUGGGGCAAGUCUCUGAGCCUGGAUAGUAAUGUCCCAGAUACGGUGUCGCUCCAGGGGCGUGUUGGGUCGGAGGCAAACGUCAAGCACGCCGAAGCCUUGUUGGGCCAGAUCGUAGAACUAUUUGCCGAAGCUGAAGGCGUGUCGAGCAGAUACAGAGGCCGGACAGAGCCUCAGGACGGCAGCCUUGCAGUAUACGAUCCACAAACCGACCUAGAUCCGGCGAUGGCGAAGCUCCACGAGAAGAUGCGUCAGCUAGCCAUCGAGCGCCAGAACCGGUCCGGCGUACGGCAAAAGGCCAGAUGGGCAUUGUACCAAGAGAAGCAGUUUAGACGACUGAUUGAGGACAUCACCGAGUUGGUCAACGACUUGGACAACCUCUUCCCCGCCACUCAGCAGUCGCAGCGUGAGCUCUGCGACAUCGAAGUCUCUGCUAUUGGAGAAGAUCAAGACAUCUCUGUGUUGAGAGAAAUUGCCGCCGCCCAGGACAAGUUGUUAGAGCAAGCUAUCACGAAGGCUGCGGAGAGUGCUGGGAAGUCGCACCACAUCGUCUUUUCAGGCAGUGGAAACACUGGCCUUCAGCUGGGCCACAACUCUGGUACAAUGUCGGGUUUUACAUUCGGGAGAGGCAGCUGA